UGUGACUUGUGUCAUCGAUUCUCCGGGCUCCCGGUUCAUUAAGAUACGGUCGCUGAAGCAGAGUAAGAAAUGAAGCAGAGUUCGUAAAAUAGUAGGUGAAUCCAUCCCCACUGAAAACUGAAACGAUAUUAGUUAAUAGUGCAAAUAACAAAAUAGUUAUCAGUGUUCUGUCGGGAGCGAGACGUGUUUCACAGAACAUCCCGACAAAGUCGUAGUUUCUUUGUUUUGUGCACCGAUAACUGUGACAGUAUUCCAAAGUGAAGACCACUAUGCAGAGGCCUGUAGCGAGCUUUCCACUUGCGCCUUCACUGAAAGUAAAAUUGAUCAAUGCAGGCUUCCAAACCACCAACGAUUUGGUCGACCUUCGGCCUCUUCAACUCAGCAAAGAGGUGGGGAUAACACACGAAGAGGCAGUUGAAGUUUUGCAGACUCUACGGUGUGACUCCCAGACCGCACAGGAGAGGGCAUCCGGAGGUAGCUUUACAGCCCUCCAGCUGCUUCAGCAAGAGCAAACACUGGGCACCAUCGUGACUUUCUGCUCCGAGUUGGAUUCUGUUUUAGGGGGAGGAUUACCUGUAGGCAAGACCACUGAAAUCUGUGGGGCUCCUGGCAUUGGAAAGACCCAGCUCUGCAUCCAGUUGGCUGUGGAUGUUCAGAUCCCCGUGUGUUUCGGGGGCCUCGGUGGACAGGCCGUGUACAUUGACACAGAGGGCAGUUUCCUCAUCCAGCGUGCGGUGGACAUCGCUCAGGCGGCGGUGGAUCAUUGCAGUCUACUUGCAGAUGAUGCAGAGCAACGCAAAUCCUUGAAAGAGUUCACCGUUGAAAAGAUCCUCUCCAACCUCUUCCUCAUCCGUUGUCAUGACUACGUGGAAUUGUUGGCAGAGAUUUACCUCCUGCCUGAGUUCCUGGCUCAACACCCUGAUGUCAGACUGGUGGUGAUUGACAGCAUUGCCUUUCCAUUCCGCCACGACUUUGAAGACCUAUCCCAGAGAACCCGGCUCCUCAACGGCCUUGCCCAGCAGCUCAUCCAAAUGGCGACUAAACACAGCGUGGCUGUUGUGCUCACCAAUCAGAUGACAACAAAAGUUUGGCGUGGCCAAUCCAAGCUUGUUCCUGCUCUAGGUGAGAGCUGGGGUCACGCGGCAACACAGAGACUCAUCCUGCACUGGGAGGGAUCAAAAAGGUUGGCAUCUCUGUACAAGUCACCCAGCCAAAUGGAGGCUACUGUGCAAUACCAGAUCACUGGGGAAGGCUUCAGAGAUGUGCCUCAUUCAGGCCCUUCGAGAUCACAUGACGACGAUUCCUGUAACGACACUUCCGGAAACUACUGCAAGCGCCCUAGAGUGGAAGGGACCCAGUCUUGA